AUGCCAACGCCAGCUGCGCAGGAUGGGUCGGAGGCCUUGGGGGCCAGUGAUCUGAUGGAGGUCAUCAAGACCAACCUCUCCCUCCCUCAACGUGACUCUUCCGGGCCGUUUAUGUUCGCUUACGACCAUGCCUUCGCCAUCAAAGGCCAAGGCACGGUUCUGACAGGAACGGUCUUGUCUGGGGCAGUGAAGCCUCAGAUGGGCAUAGUGGUGCCGCAGCUGGGUGAGGCAGGCAAGGGCAAGAAAGUUCGAAGCUUGCAGAUGUUUCGACAGCCCGUGCAGGAAGCCAUCCAAGGUGAUCGCGUGGCCAUGUGCGUGGCAGCCCUGGAUGCCAAGGAGCUAGAGCGCGGCAUCGUUCUGGGUGAGAAGUUCCCAGUUCCGAUGGUGGAUGCUGCAGUGUGUGCUGUGGACAAGAUCAACUACUUCAAAAGUACCGUGUUGACGAAGUCCAAGUUUCAUGUCACCAUGGGGCAUCAAACAGUCAUGGCCACGGCCCACUUCUUCUGUCCCUUUCCGGGAGCCGCUGGUGCGACACCUUCGGCCCCUUCCAGGAUCCUAGAUAUCUUGAGCCUUUCCACUUGCCCCAGCUUUUCGGGUGAUCCUCGCGUGAACCUGUGGGUAUCUCCAGAAGCUGUCAAUCUCCAGAAGUGGGUCCAAUGGGCAAUAUCGGACUCACACAGGGAUGCCUCGCUGUUCAUAGUGGACUUGGCCCAAGCAAGAGGCCCUCGGUGCCCCGCAGCCAGCCAACAGCACCGGGCAGAAAGCAUCGAUUUGGCCCUCCGACCCCGCCCGCGUCGGAGGAACCCAGCGGAGUGGACGCCCUCCCGUCGCCACGGAGCCCACAACUGCGCCAUGAAGAUCGACCUCGGCAUUCUGCUUCUUUGUCAGACCUGGUGGCUGACAGGGACCGGCGAAAGCAGAGGUUUGCAGGCGCAGCGGAUGCAGCACACGCCCGUCGAGCUGGAAAGUGCCGAGAAACGGAGGCAGGAGCCGCGUCUCCAGGGCGACAGUAGUCUGGAAGCUUUCCAGAAAGCCGAGAGUUACGCGAGCGCUUGCACGCGCGUCUGCUCCCAGUGA